AUGAAAAAAAAUUUCUUUUUAAUUUCUUUUUUUUUAUUUCUCAUAUUAUACCUUAACAAAAUACUAAGUUUUCAAUUAAGAGAUACACCGUUUUUUUGUAAUAGAAAAAGUUUUAUAUCAUGUAUACAGAAAAGUAGCAAAGAAAAAACAGUAAUAAAUUUAAAAAAAUCAAUUUCUAAUAAGAUAUUCUUGACAAGUUCAAAUGUUAAUAAAGAUGAUGUAUAUAAAGACAUAGAAAAUAACGUUAGAAACAUCAAUUUUUUAAAUAAAAGUAAAAGUGACAAUACAAAUAACUUGAAUAAAAUUAUUCUUAAUAAUUUCCUUUCAGAUCCAAAUGAUUGGAAUAAAAUUGUUAUUGAUAAUAUGAAUAACAAAGAUAUUAUAAGCUUAGUAAAAUUUUUAUAUAUGGAAUAUAAAAAGUCAUUUCUAUGUAUUGAUGAAGAAAGAAAAAAAGCAGAUAUCACUUUUAAUUCAGAAAAAAUUAAAUCAUUGUUUGCUGCUUUGGAGUCUGUUACUAUUGAAGACAUGAAUGUAAUUGAAUUUCAUCAUCAUUUGGAUAUAUAUUUAAUUUUAUUAAAAUGUUGUAAAGAUAAUUACACACCUUUUAGUUUUGUAAAAAAUGAAAUAGUAAGCAUAACGGAUAAAAUUGUUAAAUAUUCACAGAGUCAUUUACACGAUGAACAUGUAUGUAAUAAGAUAAAAAAUGAAUUUGUAAAUAUGCUUAAUUUAAUAAAAGAAGUAAAAAAAAAUGAAGCUAUAGAAACAAAUGUCAAAAACUUCUUACAAAUUUUAAAUAGUAACAUAGUUUUAAAUAAUAAUAAUAUAUUUUAUUUUAUGAUAGAAAUAUUUUCAUCGAUAAAUUUGUUAGUAAAAAAUAACUCAGAUUUAAUUUAUAAGUAUGAUUACGUAAUAAAUCCUCGUUUUUUCUUUUUAUGCAUUUUUUCGUUAUAUUCUUAUAAUUUAAGCAAAGCACGUUUUUAUUAUUUCAUGUUGUUAAUACAUAAUCAGGUAGAUAUAUUGACUUUAAAAAAAAAUGUUAAGAAAUACGAUGAUGACUUAAAUUAUAGUAAGUAUAAGAAUUUUAUUAUUAAUACCAUUUUUGAAAAAGAAAAAAUUGAAUAUGAAUCUAUAGAAGAAAUUAUAGUAGAUAAAGGGGAGAAUACAAGUAUAAAAAAGGUAGGGGAGUCUGUUAGUAAUGACUUAAAUAAAGAACUGAGUUACGCAAAAGAAAUGGAUAACUCUGCAAACAAUAUAGAGUCAUUAAUAGAGGGAGGUAAAAAUUUAUUAUUUAAGGAGUUAUAUGGUAACAUAUUGAUCAAAAUUUUACUUUUUUAUAUUUUUUUUUAUUUCAGUGAUUACUAUUUUUGCAUUAUUAUUUUAUUAAAUUUUCAAAACUUUGUAAAAGACAAAAAUCAGGAUGAAAUCUUAAUGCAAACUUUUAAUUAUUUUUUUUUUAUGUUAUUAGACAAUUUAUAUCAAAUAAGAGAUUAUUCUAAAAUAAUUUUACUUUUAGGUCUAUUUAGAACUAAUUUUAAUAUAUUUGAUAAUAAAAGCAUAAUUAAUAUAAAAAAAAUUUUGAAUUCAAUUAUAAAUGAAAGCAUUCAUGAACAAAAUUCGAAUGUGUCUAAAUUACUCCUAGAUAUUAAUAAUUCCAUUAAAAACAUAGAAAAUAAAAGAAAAAGUAUGAAUAAAAAUAAUGCAAGUAACUUAUAUAGAAACAAAAAUAUUGAUAAUUAUUUAAAUAGAGAUAACAUAACUUCGAAAGAAGAAAACAAAAAGGAAAUUAAAGAAAUAAAGAAUGAACAUACUAAGGGGAUUGAAAUAUCAAGCAUUAGUAACGCAAAAAAUGAAAAUAUUAAUUUGAAUGAUUCCUAUAACAUGAGUGAGAGGUUUAAUAAAAUUCUGUCGUUUUUACUAAAAAAUAAAAAAUAUGACAAAAUUGAGAGUAUGGAAAAAAGAGAUAAUUUAUAUGCAAAUAAUAAAACGUAUAGUUUAUUUAUUCAAUCAUUUUUAAAUAAUCAUAAGUAUGAUAAAGUAUAUAAGGUUUAUAAAAAAAUGAAAUCAAAAAAAAAUAUACCUAUUACGUAUUUAAAUGUAAAACAUUUAAUACACAGUUUUAAAAAGUGUGAUAUUGAUAAAGGGGAUGUAUUAAAUGAAUUGCAAUUAAUUAGUAAAGCAUAUUUAAAUUUAUAUUUUUCAAAAGAUUCAUAUUUUGUAUUAACUAAAACAUUGUUAUAUAAACAUUUAUGUGAUUAUUUAAAAAAAAAAUGUGAAAUGAAAUUAAUUAUUGAUAUAUUUAAUUUUAAUGAACUUUUAAAAUAUUUCAUAAAAUUUAAAAGUUUUAUUAAUAUAAAAAAAUUAUAUUUUCUGUUACUGAAGUAUUCAUAUAUAAAAACUUAUAAAACAUACUUAAUAUUAAUUAGAUUUUUUAAUAAUUUAAAUUAUGAAAGUUCUAAGAAGAGUUAUGAAGAUGAAAUAGAACCUAUGAAAAAAUUAAGUGAAAAAAAUGAUGAAAAUAUGAAAAUGAUAACAGCAAAUGAGAUAAAAUGUUCUUUUGAAAAAAAUGAAGAAAUUUACAACGAUAUAAAAAAUUUAAGGAAAAAUAAGUUAUUUUAUUACAUUUGUAAAAAUCAAGAUUCACAAGAACUUGAUUUAUUUUAUAAAAUAUAUGAGAUUGCAAAAAAGGAUAAAUAUGAAAUAAGUUUAUUUAUCUUAAGUAAUUUUAUUACCGAGUAUAUACUAUUUGAUUAUUCUUCAGAUGAUAUAAUAGAAAGUGAAUUAAGUAACAUAGGUAAUAUAUUAAAUAUAUUUUUUGAGUCAAUUAGUCUGUUUUUUUACAAACAAGACUAUAAAGUAACGCUAAAUAUAUUUUUUUUUUUACUUUUAUUUUUAAAUUGUUAUGUAACAAAAUAUAUAAAAAAUGAUAGUAAAAACUCUAUUUUUCUUAAAAAAAACGCCGUGAAUUUUUUUUUAUCUCAUAAUUAUGAAAUAAUUAAAAUAAGUAAGGAUGAUAUAUAUGCAUAUAUACCACAAUUUAUAUUAAAUAUUAUUUCUUUAUCUAUAAAGCAUUUAAAAAAUAUUAAAUCUUUUAAAGGGAUAGAUUUACUAAACUCAUCCUUUGGUUCGUAUAAUUUUAGUAAAAAUAUUGAUACAGUGAAUUAUAAGAAUAUAAUGUAUAUAUUUUUACUUUUAAAGAAUAAUUUAAUUUUAAACAUUGAAGACAUGGAAAAAGAUAUAUAUGACAGGAAAAAUAAAAGAAAGAAUGUAGCAGAAAAUAUAAGUGAAAUAAAAAGAAAUUUUUUAUAUAAAGACGUAAUUGAAAAAAAUUAUAAACAAACAAAUAAAAUGGGUGAAAAUAGCAUAUCUGACAAAUACAAUAAUAUUGCUGAUGUUUUUGUUAAAUUAAAAUAUACAGUUGGUUCAAAUAAAAUAAAUGAAGACUCUUUGAAAGAAUUUUUAUUCAACAAAUUAAACGUUCUCGUAAAUAAUAAAGACACUGAUUUAUUAAUAGAUAUAUUAAAAGAUAUUUUUUUUACAUACAAAAAUAUCUUAUAUUUGAGUGUAAGAGACUUCCUUAAUAUUUACGAAAAAUUAAAUGGGAUUUAUGACAAUAUUUUAUCAGUUUUAACUAUUAUUUUUUUCAAUGAAAACAAAAACUUCAAAGAACAUGAUGCUGGAUCAAACAAUGCCUAUGAAAAACUAGGAGGAAGCAAUGAAAUAAGUAUUCUUGAAUUUAUUAAUAAUUUAAAAACUAUGAAUAAAACAUACUUUAAAGAUAUAUUGAGUCAAAACACUUUACAUAGUAUUUUAAAGAGAUAUGAAAGUUUUGUAUAUAUGUGCAUAUAUUUUGAUUUAAAUAAAAAAAAAGUAAACAAUAUAAUAAAUUUCUUAGAAUUCUCAAGAAUGUGCAAUGUUACACUUAGCACAGAAAUUUUAAUAGAUGUAUUUUCUUUAUUCUUUGAAAGGAAAAUGAAUAAUUUAAUAUUCAAAGAGUUUGACAUAUUUUCUUCAUCAAAGAAAACAAGCAAUUUUGAAUUAUAUUACAUAGUUAUGAAAGCAGGAUUUUUUGAAGAAAAUGUUAGAAUAAUCUUGAAAGUCUUCAAUAUUGUAUUAAAUUUAUUUAAUUUGAAAAAUAUUCCAUUAAAUUUCUUUGAAUGUAUUUUAUUCGUUUUAAAAAAAAAAGGGAAAUUUAAAGAUUUAUAUGAUUGCAUUGAUAAAGUGCAUAGAGAACUAAUAAAUUAUGAAAAAAAUAAACCAUUUUAUAAUUUAGAAAAUUUAACAUCUGAUUUGAAAAGUAUUUUGGAUAGAUAUAAAAAAGAGAAGCAAUUUUAA